CAUCUUGGAAGUGAGGGCAAGCUACCGGAUCGACGUCUACUGAAGGCGACGGAUCUGUUUUUUUGCCGGCAUUCCUGCUUUAUGCACGCUGUUUCCUGCGAUUUGUGUAGUUAUAGCAUACGAUAGUAACUUUCUUUUAUUUAGUCAUUUUUCAGACGUUUUACACUUCACAGCAAUAGACGUGUAAUCCCGAACGGACUAAAUUACAUUCGUUUGAGUUUUGAGACAGAUAAAGUGUAGCAACUUUAAAUAUGAAGGGCGUUACUUUACUGAACGCGGAGAAGAAUUUCUCCAUGAAUUACGCCGAGGAUGUUUUUUUUCUAUCCUGAGGUGUUCUGCUCAAUAUAAAAACAGUCUAUGCUGAAAGCCUGUUGCUUCAACUGCAGGAAAUUCAAAAACGCACGGUGGCACUCUACAGUGAAUUUUAGGUUUGGGAGUGACUUUGUGUCAGCCGGGUCCUUCUGAGCGGCUAGUCAAAAUUUGGAACAUACGUGAUCGGUUCCUGUAUAUUGAUAAGUAGCUCUGCAUAAAGACCUUUGUACGGUUGUGACGUGGAGCCCUAUACUUGGGCAGUACACAUUCCACCUAUGCACGGUGCGGUAAAGACAGCACCAUGGCGCUCCUGCUCCAUUUCAUAUGCAGGGGGCUGAGAACAGUAGGAUUGGUGCUUUUCUAUUAUUGUUUUUCCAUUGGGAUUACUUUUUACAAUAAGUGGCUCAUGAAGGACUUCCAUUUUCCACUUUUUAUGACCCUGGUUCACCUGAUGAUGAUCUUCUUCUUGUCAGCUAUCACCAGAAUGUUUAUGCACUGUUGGACAGGAAAAGCCCGUGUUCUAUUCACGUGGAGAGAUUACAUGAUUAAAGUGGCUCCGACUGCACUGGCUACUGCUUUAGAUAUUGGCUUGUCUAACUGGAGCUUCCUUUUUAUUACAAUUUCCUUAUAUACAAUGACUAAAUCUUCUGCAGUUUUAUUUAUUCUGUUCUUCUCAUUAAUCUUCAAACUGGAGGAACCUAAACCUUGCCUAAUAGUGGUGGUGCUUCUUAUAGCUGGCGGUCUUUUCAUGUUUACCUUUGAAUCAACUCAGUUCAAUCUGGAAGGCUUUCUACUUGUGUUACUGGCUUCCUUCCUGGGUGGUAUCCGCUGGACUCUUACUCAGAUAUUAAUGCAGAAAGCUGAACUUGGUUUACAGAACCCUGUGGAUACAAUGUACCAUCUGCAGCCUCUGAUGUUCUUGGGUCUCUUCCCACUCUUCUUUUUUAAUGAAGGUCUCAGUUUGUCCACAUCAGAGAAGGUAUUCCGUGUUAGUGAUAUUUCUCACCUUCUACACACCAUUUCCUUGUUGUCACUUGGUGGUGCAUUGGCAUUUGGACUGGGGUUUUCAGAGUUUUUACUUGUUUCCAAAACAUCUGGUCUAACACUCUCGAUUGCUGGUAUUUUCAAGGAAGUUUGUACUCUUCUCCUUGCUUCCCACAUUAUGGGGGAUGAGAUGAGCACGUUGAACUGGCUAGGAUUUGUAGUCUGCUUGUCAGGCAUCUCUCUACAUGUAAGCCUGAAAACCCUUGGAUCAAAAGGUAAAUCUGUACAAAGACUGCAAGUGCCAAAAGAGAGUAACUCAGAUCUGGAACUUCCUCUACUGCGUGAGGAGAGGGAUGAGACCAACGAAGAGGAUGAUGAUGAUGAUGAGCAAGAAAGAGAAAUACUUCACAGAUAACUAUAGCAUGCUGCAGAUAUUCAAAUGGUCUAAAUCAGCUCCUGCAAAAGCAGUUGAUAUCCCAUGAAGAAAUGUCCCAUUACAGGAAAGCACUUAAACAGUGGUUCAUCACUUGAUCAUUUUUGAAAGUGCAUAUGGAACUGUUUUUGUAAAUGUGUCAUUGAUGGAGAUUUGGUAACACUUCUGCUUUUAAAAUGUACAUUCAGUGUACUUUGAUUUUAAUGCUAUUGGUAGGGCAUAUCAUCUCUUUCAGUGGUCUGCUUUCAGCCUAUAGUUGUUUCUCAAACUCUUAUGGAGUAGAUUUGCUUGCAGUUAAAGUUUUGCUGUCAGUACACUGGUCUGUACUGGUUGCUUGCUUAGGCGUGUAUAUGGCAUGUGUUAUUCCACAGGGUGACCUCAUCCUAGGACUGUAGGAGUGCCUUUUGUUUGAUGUCUCAUCUCCAACAGCUUCAUCUGAUUAGAGCUGUGAAGGUGAUUGGGGUUCGAAAUAUCUGUGCAUAAUAUUACGCUGUCUUUGUUUUUAAAGACCUUUGUCUGUCGUUAAAUGGCAUAUGUACAAUAAAUUGCAUUGGUAAGUUUU